CAAAGCCACUUAUUACCGUACUAAUUACAGUAACACGGUCGGUGCCCAAAGGGCAAGCAAACUCUGCCCCACGACGACGUGAAUUUCUCAGCCUAAAACCUGGGUUGCGGCGCACAGGUUGCAAGUGUUAAAAGUUUACAUGAAGUAGGCUGGUAGCGACGGUCGCUUGAGCUGUUGCCGCAAAACGUGCGACAGUUCGGGGCUCGUCGGGCGCAGGUGGGGGUCGAGUGAAAGGCAGCGCUCGUACACCCAAUCAGGGCAUCCGUGCGUGAAAUGGGGCUGGAGGGUGCCUUGCCGCACCAGCGUCACGAUCUGGAAGCCGUGUUGCGGCCGAUUCUUUUCGUUGUGGUAGUCGGCGAUCGGGAUGUCGUGGGUAUCGAGUUCGCUGACGAGCACCCCGAACGAGUAGAUGUCGGCUGCGACAGAGUAUCGGUCGCCCGCAAUCAGCUCGGGGGCGGUCCACCGGUACGUCCCCACGCCCUUGGUCAUGGUGUCGUUGUCGAUUUCUUUGGAAAUGCCGAAAUCCGACAGUUUGGCCCCCAUUUCGUCGGCCAAGAGCACCUUCCUCGACUUGAGGUCGCGGUGGAUAAUGUCCACCGAGUGCAAAUACGACAGCCCUUCCACCACGUCGCGCAUGAUGUUGAUCUUGUCCGACCAUGGAAACAGCACUGGCGAUGACGACAUCGUGGCAGCAUGAUUGUGCAUCGGCGGCGGUUUCGUGGACUCCAAGUACUUGCGAAGGUCCCAGCGGUCCAUAAACUCCAUCACGAGCUCCAUCUCCCCCGGCCGCACCCAACUGACUCCAAUGAACUUUGUAAUGUAGUUACGGACUGUCCAACUUGGUGAAGAGUUUGAUUUCGUCGAUGAACUUUUGCACGUCUUGGUUCGAUUUGCCAGCGUCCGCGCUUUUCUUGACGGCCACGAGCAGGCCGCGGUAGUCCCCGACCCACACCUCGCCGUUGGCGCCCUUGGCCAGCAGCUCGUGGGACCUCAGGUCGUUCUCGUCGAUGCGCCACAGGUCCAAGUGGCCCAUGUCGAGCUGGAACCCUACGACUUUGUCCACGUCGUCGGCGCGGUUGAACAGCCCCAUUCGGCUGUACGUGCCUUGCGACGUCUGGCACGACAGGGUGACAUGGCCACUCCGUCGACUGACGAUGGCAUCCGACUUAAAAUCGCCAAACACCAUGUCUUCGGCGAGGCGACGGCGUAGCUUGGACGCCUGGUUGCGGUAAAUAAAAAAGACCAUGAGGCAGCCUAGGACGAAGGCCCCGCCACCGACACCGACGACAAGCGGAACGUUCGUCGACGCUAGAGAAGGGGAAUCAUUGGGUCGUUGGCACCAGCGGUGACACAAAAGCCAGCAGCUGUGAGGGCUGCUGGAGAGUCUGGCGCGGCGGCCUGCAGUUGCACGCAUCUGAGCGUGUGACGCUUAUGCAUGUAACUCUGGCUUGCGAGAAAAGUGAUAGGGCUGGACAGCCGACGGCGGCCAGCACCACUAGCACGCGCAUGGGGUGAGUGUGAAUGUGCUAUGAUGCUAAGCUUAUAUUGUGCAUUCACGCCAAACGACAUAACAAACGCCUGUGAUUGGCUACCGUCUAUUGAUGACGAGUAGAUCGUCAGAUGGUGGAAGGUUUGAGGAACUAAUAGUACUACCGGUAGGUCGGCCUGUUAAUAUAAUACCAGUACUAUUGUAGGGGCCUUUUGGGAAGAUGCAUCAGACAGGUCAUUGUAAGAGCAUCUCCACCGGUUGGGACUUUUGACCAGGCUUUAUACGGAUAGUGUUCGGAUAAAUGAGAGACUUAUGCUGAUUCCACCGAUAAGUUUCAUUUUCCC